UGUCGACAUAUAAUAAUCCAGUUGAGUUAACUUCUUGUUGUUUCAUACGUUCCUAGCAGCAUCCUCGAUUUGUUUAGGAUUGAAUUCGAUGCUGAUAAGAUGAUAAUGGAGCCAGUCUGAACUGCUUUUUGGCAGAUUUCAAAUUCGGACUCUCUUGGGGUCAAUCUAUAUAUGAUUAGACAAUGAGAGGCCUAUAAAUGUCGGGAAUCAGUGCAAAUUGAUUCAGUCUUGAAUUUUAGUUUAGCCUACAAAGCCAUUAGGUCGAUCUUGACUUUACGCAAUGCGUGAUUUUAUAUUAAUUUUCCUUUUGGGACUGCUAGCCCAAAGUACUCUUGGAGUAGCAUUGUUCCCCGGUGACGUGGAGCGCAGACUGGUGACCCUGGAAGCUCGGCAGUAUGCUGAUAGUGAUGCCUUCGAGGAGAGGAUUCGGAGAUUGGAAAACCACUUGCCCACCCAGCGGAGAGUCGAAAUAUCGCGGGCUCUGGAGAAGAACGAGCCUGUUGCCAACGAAAACGCCAUUGGUGAGAAAUUCGACAAGCUGGAGGUGGUGCUCAAGCAGGAGUUGGCUGAUACCCUGGGGAAGCUGACUUCCAAAUUCGAGGAACUAGUGGAAAAGCUGACCGCCAUCGAAAACAAAAUUGCCAACAGCCCGAGUAUCAAAACAAAUUUGAAGAUUGGUGAAAAGUAUUACUAUAUUGAGAAGGACAAUGAGGAGUCCUGGAAGGAGGCCAAGAACUCAUGUGCUGAAAGGAAAGGACAUCUUGCGACUCUUGAAAAUGAAGAGGAGUGGAAGGCUCUGGCUGAGCACUUGAGCAGUGACAAUAACUAUUGGAUUGAUGUUACUGACAGCGAGGACGAAGGCGAUUUUCAAUCCGACUUUAAAGGCAUGGAUGCAAAAUUCUUGAAGUGGAGUAAGGGCGAACCUAACAAUGGAGGCCCAGAAGAUUAUAUAGAAGAUUGUGUGGAACUGCAAGGAAGUGCUGAGUUCUACAUGAAUGACGCGAGGUGCUCAAAACGUAAUUUCUAUAUUUGCGAAAUCCCUGCGUAAUCCGAUUCGAAAUGUAAAAAAUGUAAAGCUAAUUUAAACAAAUAAAUUGAUUUAAUUGCUUGUCAUAAAUUUUAAAAAUAAAAGAAAAUAAAGAUAAACAUUAAUAAUAAUAAGAAAAGAGCUCAGAAAUAAAAUGCUGGACCUGCUUUAACUUUUAUUAUUCCAUUUGAGGAUUGAUAUUCCAAAAGAUAUAGAUCAAA